AUGAACUGCGCAGUAUGUUCCAACCUCGGCGCGGAGGAAGCCAAGGGCCAGAAGCUCGCCGCGAACCAGCGCAUGGCCAAGUUCAUCGAGCUUCGAGACCUCCAGCGAUCCGCUACGACCACAUCAUGCCGGCCCUGCCAGCUCCUCUGGGCUGCGUUGCGUCUGCGAAAGAAGGAUCUAUAUGAGCCCGGCGGCAAAGAGGUAUCUGGACUGCUACAGAUGCGCUUCGCAUCAGGCACUCCGCUCCAGAUUUCCGUGUCAGGCUGGGGAGAGGGUAACAUCGCUCUGGAGCUCUUCUCGCGACGAGACGACCACGGCGCAUGCCAUCCGACAAUCGGUCCAGCCCAGGAAGUAGAGAGCCACUCGUCCUCCCCGGCCAGUCUUACCCUAGCAUCAUCAUGGCUCCAAGACUGCCUCGCAAACCACCCAUCCUGCAGACAAACAGCAUCAGCCUCGGUCCUCCCGACCCGCGUCAUCGACGUCGGAACCAACAAAGACCUCCACGAACCCCGCCUCGUCGAGUCUCGCGGGGCCUCCGGUGCAUACGCAGCGUUGAGCUACUGCUGGGGUGACCCAGCCUCCCACCCAGCCUUCAAAACGACCCGCCUCAACUUCACCGCGCAUCAAGAUGCCAUGCCGUACGCCGACAUGCCCCCGACCCUGCGGGACGCCGUUGCCAUCACCAGAAACCUAGGGCUGCAGUACCUGUGGAUCGACGCCCUCUGCAUCAUCCAAGGCGACGCCCAAGACUGGGCUCGGGAGGCGGGCCGCAUGUGCGAGGUCUACUCCAACGCGACGGUGACCAUCUCCGUGGACCACGCGGACGGGAGCGGCGUCGGCGUCUUUGCGCCCCAGGCCUUUGGUGUCCCGCCGCAGCGCCUCGACGAGCUCGGGGACGGCGUCGUGCGGCCGGUCUACGUCCGUGACGAGCUCAAGAGGAAACACAACGACAUCACUGUCCUUCUCCGGACCACCGAAGCAGAAGGUGCACACGGGGAGCCCAUCAAUAAGCGUGCGUGGACGCUGCAGGAGGCGAUUUUGUCGAAUAGAACGCUGCACUAUACGACCAACGAGCUCGUCUGGGAGUGCAACACCUCGCGCUCCUGCGCCUGCCGCCGCGACCAGCCCGUCGAGCUCGACGAGGAGUCGGUCCGGUGUUUCCGCUCGCCAGAGCUGUUUCGGGCGCUGUCUUCGGCGGAGAGGGCGUAUCUGCAGUGGCGGCAGGUCGUUCAGCUCUUCUCGGAGCGGUCCAUCAGCUUCGACGCGGACCGGCUGUCGGCGCUGUCUGGGAUGGCGAAGCAGUUCUGGCUGAUGCAUGAGGACGUGUACGGUGGACGACGGGAAGACCAUCGACUGAACCGGUAUAUUGCCGGCUUGUGGGAGGGAGAUUUCGCGACGCAGUUGCUCUGGACCGCGGACGACGAUUACUGGCGUAAUCCCGAGACCGUCUCGCGACGGCCUGGGAAGUGGAGGGCGCCGAGCUGGAGUUGGGCGGCUAUUGAGGGGCCCGUCAUGUUCCAUCCCAUGUCGCACUUCAAAGGUGAUUUGGAGGUGUUGGAUGUUCGGGUAGAGCCUCUCAUGGCGGAAGAUAUAUACGGUCAAGUCUGUGAGGGAGCUAAGAUCGUGGUUCACGGGGCUAUUGUACAUGGCCUCGAGAUCACGACUACAGAGAAACAAGAUGGUGAUUUGAUGAUGGGGUUCACGGAAGGCGUCAGGUACGACCUCGUGGAUGCGAAGGCGAACAGGUACACCAUGAUCUGCGACUAUGCAGGAUCGGUGACCCGGGGCGAGCGGUAUUCUUGCCUGCUGGUGGGAAAGACGUGGAACAGGGGCGAUGCCCGUUCGUAUCACGGCUUCAUCGUCCUCGAGAGGGUGGAACCCGGGAUUGAAAUCUUCAGGCGGGUUGGCGUAUCGUUCCGAGCAGGGGCCUUGAAGGACACGAACGAAGUGAAGCUUUUUGACGGCGUGGCUCGCGAGUUCAUCACUCUCGUCUGA